AUGGCCUACGGAACGACAGCCUCAACGCCACCAGUACCACCCGUACAGAAUGACCCUCUGCAAGAAGUUCCGGCAGAACCAAUUCCGGAGGAAGAGCAGGAAAGGCUGCAAAAAGAUGACCCGGCAUGCGCACACCACACCCGCACCGUGAGACAAAACCUGCAUGCUUUCUACGAAAGGAAUUUUGGUCUUGUGCUGGUCUUCUUGGCACAGACGUGUGGCUCCAUCAUGAACACAGCAGCAAAACUUCUCGCGACCGGCUACGAGACGAAGUUCCACGCCAUGCAGAUCAUAUUCAUUCGUAUGUCGUGCACGACUGUGAUCGGCAUGUUGUAUAUGAUGUGGCACAAGACUCCUGACUUUCCGCUAGGAGCGAGAGGCAUCAGAUGGCUACUUGUUCUGCGCGGGACGUGUGGAUUCAUCGGCUUAUUUGGACUUUACUACUCAUUGUCAUGGAUAAACAUAUCCGACGCCACGGUCAUAACUUUCAUGAUCCCCACUCUCACAGCAUUGGUCUGCUUCAUCUGGCUCCGCGAACCCUUCACCGUACGCGAAGCACUCGCAGCCUUAGUAGCCUUCAGUGGUGUCCUGCUCGUCGCGCGCCCAACAUGGCUUUUCCCUAACCCCCCUCUGGACCCCAUCAACGGGCAGCCUGAAGCCGAUGCAGUAAUCAGGACGCUGAUGGACGUCAUGUCCUCGCCCAAGACAACGCCAGCACCCAUCUCACCGACGCAGCGUACGUUUGCUGUCCUCGCAGCCGUCCUUAACGCCUUCGGCGCGUCGUUGGCGUAUGCGAGUAUCCGCGUCAUCGGCAAGAGGGCGCAUUCGCUCAUUAGCGUGAACUACUUCGCUGCUAUCGCGACGGUAGGGUCUGCGGCUGCGCUUCUAGUUCAUCCGGAUUUGCACUUCGUCAUGCCCGAGAGCGCUGGGCAGUGGGGGUUGAUUGCCAUUAUUGGGUUGACUGGCUUUCUCCUGCAGUUUCUGCUCACAGAGGGAUUGCAGAGGGAGAAAGCGGGUCGAGCGACGAACCUGAUGUACUUGCAACUUGUGCUUGCUCUGAUCAUUGAGCGAGUGAUCUGGGGUACGACACCACCUAUCGAAAGCUUUGGAGGUGCGGCACUUAUUAUCGGUGCCGCGAUAUGGAUUACACUGCAGAAAAAUACCGUGACGAAGGAGGAGAAGGCGAAGGUUGGAGACGAGGAAAGCAGGCCAUUGCUAGCUGGUGAAGAAGGACAGGAAGGGAGACAGACAUGA